AUGGCAAAAUCUUUAUGUAAUAUCUGUCGAAGUUCUUGCAUAAGCCAUGAUUAUUUUCAUAAUGAUUGUGUAGAAUGUAAGAAAAGAUUUUUGACAGUUAAACCCAAAAGUGAAUAUGAUUUACAAUUUACGGCAGGGGGUCGCGUUUUUAAAUUGGCCGAACAGUGGGAUAAUAAUAUUAAUUAUGUCUGUGCCCCUUGUUGUGAAAAGGCUUUUACGCAAUAUAAGCAACGAGUAGCCGAAAAUUUACAGAACCAAGAACAAAAAAAUAAUCAACAGCAAGGUUAUAAAAAUUUCCAAGAAUUAGAAAAAGAAUUAAAAAGAGAAGUGCGUAAUAAUGGCGGUCGGUUUGUUUAUCGGACUAAAUUAAUGAGUGCGGAUAAAUGUAAUAGUUGCCAAGAAACUGAGGAAUUAGACCGACAAAUUAGAGAAAAGAAGCAGCAACAUCAGGAAAUUAUACGACAAAUAGAGCAGGGAAAUUUUACUGACCCCGAGCCAUCUGAAUCGGAAAAUAACCAAGAAAAUAAUAAUGAUAAUUAUGAGGAUUGGCAAAGAAAGGAUCAUCAUAAAAUUAAUAAUCAGGAACAAGUUGACGAGCGAGAGGUUAUUAGUUUAAAAAACAUGCCUGGUUAUAAUCAAUCUUAUCAAGGUUUAGUCGAAAAUUUAUUAAAAUUAAAUCGAGAACAACAAGAGAGAAGAAAUAGUCACAGCAAUUUUUCGGGUCCAACCAGCCCAACUAACAUAGCCAAAGAUUUGCCCGAAAAUCCUACUUCUUUACAAAAAGCCAAAUAUGAACUUUGUCAAAAAAUAUUAGGUUAUCAGGAAGACAAUAAUCUGAGUGAAGAAUUGUUGGCCAAAAAAUUAGGACUAAGUAAAGAACAAACUCUGCAAAUUCUUUUUGGGGUCGGUAAAUCCACCCUCGCUCGUGCCGUAGCCGCUGAAACAACCAAACAAAAAAUAAAAACCUUACUAGCGGACUGCGACCCUCAACAAUCCACCA